AUGAACGCCCAAAUUUCCUUUCUUGAUGGCACCUAUACGCUGAUCCACAUCCCUCUCAACCUCUAUUCGACCCUCCUCCAACCAAUCCUCCGAGUCCUCCUCCCCCAGUCCCAAAGCGUCUCCGGCCCCCGCGACUCGCCCGAGUUUGAGCUUCAAGGACUCACUUCCGACGGACAGCAUGGCUUCCUCAACAUUAGCGUCACUCCUAUAGAGUGCUCGCUUGUCUGCCACUCCUCCUGGGCCAAGAAUGUGUUUGAGCCCGUCCUGCAAACGCUGUCUCGCGAGGCUGCCAAGACCGUCUCCAUCUCCAAAGACUCAUACAUGAUCCUCUCGGUAAUCAGCGCCGGACUCGAUGCCGCCGGCCGUGUUAUGGAGUUAACGUCACCACUGGCCCUGGCUGGCAUCCCGCUCUUCUUCAUCACCACCUACUACUCCGACUUCAUCCUCGUCCCGACCAAGGAGCGCACAAACGUCACCCAGUCGCUGCUGGCCAAGGGCUUCGAGCUGUCCGACAACAGCUUUGUCAACCCUAGCGCCUAUGGCCACAAGCGGGGACCCAGCAGAGGGAGCAGCACCUCCCCUCCCAACACGCCUCCUCCAUCCAACGUCGCCGAGCUACAGACCCGAACCUUCAGCCUGCUCAAGAAGCGGGACGUGGCCCCGUACAUCGAGGAGGGCCUGGAGCUGGUCCACUGCUCUGGUCGUGAGAUGUCGCAGCUCUCCCAGUUUAACCACCGCCCCGCAAUGAGCCGACAGGCCACCCACAACGGCCGUCGUCCGAGCUGGGCUGACAACGUCGACACCAAGCUCUACACGUGCAUCAUCUCCGCUCUCGUCUCUCAGCCGCGUUUCAUUUCCAUCACCCUUGCCCAGGACGACCCACCGUCACUGCUCCUCGACAAGACCCUAUUGGACGUCUUUGGCGACUCCCUGGUUGGCGACACCGAGGGCUGCCUCAUCCCCAUCUUCCUAGACCUCGAUAACCUGCCGUUUGAGUCCACGGGUAUUGUCUGUGGUGUGGCGGGCCGUCUUGUCCAGGACAUGCAGAUGGCCGCGAGCUUUGAGUUGUCGUACCUCUCCACAGCCCGCGCCGGUGCCGUCAUCCUCUCCGAGGAGCAGUCUGUUCGCGCACUGGGGAUCCUGAAGCCACUGCUCAGCAAGGAUGCAUAA